AUGUUUGCUCGUCAAGCUUUCCGCUGCGCGCAGCCCUUGAAGCAGAGCUUCCGCAAGUACUCCGCAGAGGCCGCUCCCAAGGCUGCUGAGGCCACUCCUCCUCCUCCCCCUCCUCCUAAGAAGUCUAACUUGACCCCCAUCUACGCCGCGGUGGGUCUCGCUGGUCUUGGUGCCGGUGUCUAUCGCUACUCGACCACUGCUGAUGCUGAGCCUAAGGACCGCCCCAAGGUCUUCAACGGCCAGGACUGGGUGGACCUUAAGGUUGGAGCUGUCGAGACUCUGAGCCACAACACCAAGAGAGUUCGCUUCGAAUUCGACGACAAGGAGGCCAUUGGUGGUCUCCCUGUUGCCUCUGCCCUUCUCACUCGCUUCAAACCUGAGGGCAAGGAGAAGUUCACACUCCGCCCUUACACUCCUACCAGUAAUGAGGAGCAACCCGGUUACCUCGAGCUGGUCGUCAAGGCCUACCCCAACGGUCCUAUGUCUGAGCACAUCCACUCACUGAGCGAGGGUCAGACUCUGGCCUUCAAGGGCCCCAUCGUCAAGUACCCCUGGACCCCCAACAAGCACGACCACAUUGCCUUGAUCGCCGGUGGUACUGGUAUCACCCCCAUGUACCAGCUUGCCCGCCAUAUCUUCAAGAACCCCGAUGACCGCACCAAGGUGACUCUCGUCUUCGGUAACGUCAAGGAGGAGGACAUCCUUCUGAAGAAGGAGCUUGAGGAGUUGGAGAACACCUACCCCCAGCGUUUCCGCGCCUUCUACGUUCUGGACCAGCCCCCCAAGGACUGGGCCGGUGGUAAGGGCUUCAUCACCAAGGAGCUGCUGAAGACUGUCCUGCCCGAGCCUAAGGAGGAGAACGUCAAGCUCUUCGUUUGCGGUCCUCCCGGACUCUACAAGGCUAUCUCUGGCGCCAAGGUCAGCCCCCAGGACCAGGGUGAGCUCAGCGGUGUCUUGUCGGAGCUUGGCUACAACAAGGACCAAGUCUUCAAGUUCUAG